CAAGAUGUCUUCUCGCAGGAAUGUAAAACCUUGAAAGGGAUAUUCUUGAAACUAAAAUAUCCCAAGAAGCUCAUCGAAUCGGCCAUUAAAAGUGCCCAACACCCGCGAGACCUUAACCACACUCCCACUGACAGCCCCCUUCGGAUUACCUUGCCCUACAAGGAUCAGAAAUCUGCCGACCAACUUCGGGGACAGUUGUGCCACCUCGAAAGGAAGAUCAAUCACCCUUUGCAGCCAAUCUUAAGCAAAAAGAUCAUUGAUGAUCUACGAGGAACGGAAUUAAAGCCUACGCUAGUGAACCAGCAGAAUGUUGUUUAUGAAUUUAAAUGUGAUUUGUGUGAUGCAAAUUAUAUCGGUUACACGUGCCGUCACGUCCAUUAG